UACCUACGCUCGCUACAGCCAGCCAGAAUUUGUGUGUGAUCACACUGUCGCAAGAGCGCCACAGAAAGAGGACAAAUCCGCUAUGGGCAAGCCACCACGGACGGACAUGCUGCGUUUUGAUUUGAUGUGAGGAGGCGUGCCCAGGUGCACCACUGGGGGUUGGUGGAACAUUUGGUUGGGCGGGUCUGGAUCUGUAAGGUUUGGGAAUUUUGGGCGAUCCAUGUCGGGGUGUGAUAGCGGGGUGGGGGGUGGUGGUGGUGGUGGACUGUGGUGAUCCUUGGAACUUGGAGCUUCCCCUCCUGUUGAUAGAUACACGUGGAGGGGUCGGCCUUCAUCGAUGCAGGGAAUUGUAGAGUAGAAUGGUGGGAAGUAUCUGACCAACAACAGAGGAUCGUAGUAGAUAUUAAUUAGAGAGGUCGCGACCCUACCAACAGUAGAUCUUCUACUGCAAGAUGACGAGUCGGUACUUGAGAAUUGAUGAUGCCUGUGAUACUCGGUAAAUCAUGGUGAGGUGAGGUGAGAUAGGCAGAUAGGGAAGCGAAGGAGGAGCCAGGCAAGUAAAUUUACGAACGGGAACCAGAUCCAUACCUAGGACAACUGGAUACGAGACAACACAACUGCCGAAUAAACAAAACAAAACUAAACAUCCGAACUUCUGUCACUCGCACUGUCGCAAUUGACAAAUUCAGCAACUCGAGGCCAAAUCCUCCCUCCGGAACAUCAAAUGUCGAGAAUCUUCGGCUUUUUUCCUCCUCCCCUCUGGCUUCCAGUCUCUCUUCACCGUUCUUUACGCCUCUCUCUCACUCUCUCUAGCUGACCCACGUCCGCAAGGUUUACCUAGGUAGCGAUGUCCCCCCUCGAAGGCACAGGCACAGGUCCCCUCCCCUCCCCUCGCCAGCACUCGCUCCAGACCACGAAACUCCCCGCUGUCAGAACACUAACCUUAAACCGCCAAGACCCUAAGCUAGACCCUGAAGCAGAAACAUCGGCACGGCUAUCGGGUCUGCUGUGCUGGUAUCAGAUUGGAUAGGGGCUUACUGGCAGAAUAGCCAGGAUAGGUCACCGCUCAAGCCAAUGGAUCGCAAAAAGUUUCAACCGAUGAACUUUUUGCCAGGCGUUGCGUAGUGUGCGUGCCGCUUGAUAUUCUGAUAUUGCUAGGACUUGGAUCGCAGUGACGGCACAAAACGACCAGGGGAGCGAUUAUAUUGGUUGAAUUGGUUUGCAUUAUUGGCACAAGACAAGAUGCCGCAUAAACAUACGAGGAAAGGUCAGCUUGACAAAGCAACCGUUGACCUCCCGCCUACAACCGUCGCCCUCCCCCUCUCAGUCUCCAAAUCUGCCUCCUCAAACGGCAUCUUCACCUCCGAACUCUCCACCUCAAAAUCCAACAAUACAAAAUCCACCAAGAACAACAACAAAAAGCGUAAACGCAAAGACACAGACGAUGACACCCCCAAAGCAUUCCAGCGCCUCAUGGCGUUCGCGCAGGGCAAGAAAUUACCCAAGGGAUUAGAUGACGGCGUCCGAGAGACGAAGAAGGAGGCCAAGAAGAAGAGGGUUGAAGCUGAAGCCCAAGCCAAAUCCAAAUCCAAUCAAGAUGGCGAUGCAGAGGAGGAUACCGACAUCCCAAUCAAACUUGAAAAAGAGCCCGCAAAACCAACUGCUGCUCCCACCACCAACACACCCACCAUCCGCCCUGGCGAGCGCCUCUCCGACUUCUCCGCGCGCGUCGACGCCGCCCUCCCGGUAGCAGGCCUAAUCAACAAAAGCGUGCGCAACGGCAAAGACCCCUUAGGGUUGAAAGUCGGACGCACCAAGACGGAGAAGCGCAUGCAUAGGAUGUACGACGAGUGGCGUGCUGAGGAGGCGAGGAUUCAAGAGAAGAGGAUGGAGGCGAGGGAGCUGGCGGAGGAGGACGAGAUGGAUAGUGAUGGGGAGGGGCAGGUGAGGUGGAAAGUGCCGGAUACUUCAGCGGGUGUGGGUGCGGCUGCUGGAGGGAAGAAGAAUAAAAAGAAGGGGAAGAAGGGGAGGAAGAAGGUGUUUGGGGAGGUUGAUGAUGGGGAGGAUGAUCCGUGGGCGAAUAUUGGGAAGAAUAGAGGGGAGGUGAAGGCAGGGUUGAAUGAUGUUGUCCUUGAACCGCCGACGUUCAAUAGGCCGCCGAAGGAGAAGUUUAAGGUUAAGGGGACGGGAGGUGCGGCUGUUGAGGUGGGCGAUGUGCCGAGGAAGAGUGGGAGUUUGAGGAGGAGAGAAGAAUUGGGGGCUGUGAGGACGGAGGUUGUUAGGGGCUAUAGGGAGAUGAUGAAGGGGAAGGGGAAGGAUAUUGUGGAGGAGGAGCAGUGACGUUGUGUGGUAUAAGCUAUGGGUGUAGAGCAAUAUUUGGACGAUAACUAGGAUUUUGGCUUCCUCUCUAGCUGGAUCUCAGCUAUACAACUCCAGUAAAUGUCUUUGAUUUAGCAUCAAGGUAAACUGUACCUUUGAAGUGUCCUGUUCGACGAUACUAAACCACGAAAUGUCCUCCACGCCCGAUUGCCGCUUUAUGCUAUUGACUGACUAUACACAUAAAACCUUUCCCUGGUUCACUCUACGUGUUCUUGUCACUUGAACAUCCACGAUUUUGGCU